GUGAGCUGUGAAUGGUCACAGCUUGUCACAUGGUACAAGGCUUUUGUGAAUAGCCUUGUACCAUGUGACCUCUGUGAUCAUUCACAGAUUUCACACAUAGUAAGCAAUGAUGUCACAAGUGACAUCUUGCUUACUACUUUGCAUGUGAUCACUGAUUCGCCAAUUAGUGAUCACAUGAUCGGGACCUCGUACAGAGGUCCCGUCCGACGAUCGGUGUUUCACUGUGUCUGGGGGACACAGCGGGCACCGAACGCGGUGCCGCACGCUCCCAGGCAGCACAUACAGCUAAUGGAUGCGGGGGGACGUUUA